AUGGCGGCGACCAAGGAGAGUGCCAGUGGAUCGUAUGCAGCGCCUCGUGUGGCCUUUGCCACUCCCGAAGAAACGGCUGGAGCAGCAGCGGCGGCGCUGAGUGAGGAAGGCGUGGUGGUGAUCACCGGGGUGUACGAUGCGGCGCAGUGCGGCCGGCUGCGGACGAACGUGCUGGAAUCGUUCGAAGCCCUUGGAACCGGAUUCGAAGCGCGGCGGCCGUGGGAGACGUGGCGUGAUGAGCGACUGCCAGUCCAGUCGCGGCGCGGGAUGUUCCAGUGCUUGAUGAGUGGUGCACCGCCGGUGCGUGAGGUGCGGACCGAUCCCCGGCUGGCGGCUCUGUGGCAGGCUAUCCACAAAGAGCUCGGGCACGGCGACAUCGAGCUACUCUGCUCCAACGAUGGCAUCAACGUGACGCCGCCGCUGGCAGCUGCCGCGCUUCCGGCCAAACCGCCGCGCGACUGGCCGCACACCGACGCCAUGUAUGGGAUGGAGAGCGACGGUUCGAUCCAGGGCCAGAUGGUGCUCAAUGGGUCGCAGGCCGUCCUCCGCGCCACGCCCAAGUCGCACAAGAUGUGGGAGUGGACGUGCGAGCGACUGAUGACCGAGACAGACCGCAAGACCGCACGCGGCGGCUGGCACAAGCUCAACAAGGCCAAGAUCGAGAGCCUCCAGGCUGCGAUGACCGAGCAGUUUGGCGAGGUGGCGUGGCAGGUUCCGAUCUACGCUCCCGAGGGCUCGCUCGUCCUCUGGUUCUCGUCGACGAUCCACUCGUCGACUGGCUACGUGGCCAACCCGCCACCGCCGGCCGCCAUCGCCGGCUCAGCCAUCCCCGACGCCGAUCCUCUCCGCGACUGGCGCUUUGUCAUCUACGUCUGCUUCUUUCCGCUCUCGGUCUACGACGAGCGCGACGGCGGGCGCGACGCGGUCCGCCAGCGGUCACAGCAGGCGCUCGAGCUCAAUCGGACAACCCCGCACUCGACCGCCAAGCUCUUCCCGCCUGUCGGCCGCACCUAUGAGCGUCGUGGCAAAAUCCGCUACGUCGAUCGCGUGGUCGAGCUGAUGAAGUCGCCAAGCGAUGCACUGGCGCUGUGGGCAUCGGAACUCACGCAGUGGGGUACAGAGCAAGCUGUGCGGCCGAACAAGAUCACGUAUGCGACUGUGGCGCGACUGUACCAGUCUGAUGAGCGAGGGAGCGCGUGGGUGACGACGGGCCGGAUGGGCGCGGUGUGCCUGGUGAAGGACCGCGGCAACCCGCGGCACUAUCUCCGAAUGUACACGCUGGACCGGACGGCGCAGCUGCUGUUCCAGAUCGAGCUGUACCAGUCGUUUAAGCUGACGCAGGCCGGCGACCACUUUCUGACGUUUGAGGGCGACAAGCGGAUGUACAUGCUCUCGUGCGCGCACCCGAUCGAGUGCGGCAAGCUGCUGAAGCAGACGAACGCAGCGGCGCCGCUGGUGGGCACGUCCAAGACGGCCAAGCCGGUCGGCUACUCGACGACGGCGAACGCGACACUGCCGACCAAGAAGAAGAAGAAGAAGAAGAAGAAGGGUUGGUUCGGCUCGUCCAAGGACGAGGGCCCGCGGCUGGAGAUUUCGGCGCCAAAGGACUUUCGGCACAUCUCGCACAUUGGGUACUCGUCAACCGAGGGCUUUUCAACCUCGAACCUCCCGCCCGAGUGGGCACAGGUCUUUGCCGAGGCCGGCGUUACCGAGGCUGACCUUGCCGACGAGGAGACGGCCAAGAUCUGCAUGGACUUUAUGAAGAACAACCAGCUGCCCGAGUCGAACGGGCCAGCGGCUCCGCCUCCGCCUGCGCCGCGGUCGCGCGGCGCGCCGCCAGCCCCGCCACCAUCGCGAGGAGGAGGCCGAGGCGCGCCGCCAGCCCCGCCGCCGUCGCGAUCGCGCGGUCCUGCACCGCCGCCGCCGCCGCCAACCUCGCGUGGGGCCGCGCCGCCGCCGCCGCCACCGUCGUCCCGUGGCGGUCCGCCGCCACCGCCGCCGCCGUCGUCCCGUGGAGGCCCGCCGCCACCGCCGCCGGUUGCGCGCGGGGGAGGCCCGCCGCCGCCGCCGCCGCCAUCAGGAGGUGGAGCGCCGCCGCCGCCGCCGCCGCCGCCAUCGGGAGGUGGCCCGCCACCGCCACCGCCGCCGCCACCGGCUGGAGGUGGUGGUGGAGGCCGCGGUGGCGGAGGUGGCGGAGGUGGCCGCGGUGGCCUCCUCGGUGCCAUCCAGGGCCACUCGGGCGUGGGCGGUCUGAAGAAGGCCGAGGACCGGCCGCGGCCGCCGCCGUCGAGCGGCGGCGGGCGCGGAGGCCUUCUCGACGCCAUCCAGGGCCACGGCGGAGUGGGUGGCCUCAAAAAGGUCGACCGGUCUGCGCUCGAGCAGAAGCCCGUGGCGGCAGAGCCGUCGAACCCGAUGGCGGCGGCGCUGGCCAAGGCUCUCGAGGGCCGGCGUGGCGCCGUGGCCAACAACGGCGGCUCGUCGAGCGACGACGACUGGGACGACGACGACGAUGACGACGACUGGUGA